AUGGCUGCAGAGGUAGAAUCACUGGCUAGUUCGGUCCAAGAACUGUCCAUGAACCGCAAUGGACCUCCAUCAAGAUACCUCUUGAAGGAUGGUAUUGGAUUGAAUGGUGACUCUUCCUUUCCAGUGCUGGAUAUUCCAGUUAUUGAUCUUGGUCUGCUUGCUUCGUCUUCACCAGAGAGUGAAGAGCAACUUGACCGGCUCCGGUCUGCUCUCAGCUAUUGUGGUUACUUUCAGGCAAUAAAUCAUGGAGUUGAGAUUUACUCAGAGAAGCAAACUCUUGAUUGGAAUGACCGUCUGUAUCUCAAUACUCUCCCCAUAGAAAUCAGAAAACUCGAAAAGUGGCCCAAAAAUCCUGAAAAGUUUAGUGAAAUGCUAUGUGAGUAUACUACAAAAUUACAAGGUAUAAAUGAGAUCAUCCUCAAGGGCAUAGCAAAGUCAUUGAACUUGGAAGAGAACUGUUUUGUGAAACAGUUUGGGAAAAAGCCAACAACUUUGGCAAGAUUUAACUUGUACCCUCCAUGCCCAACCCCUCAUCUUGUUCUUGCUGCAAAAGCACAUGGAGAUGCAUCAGGAACUACCUUUCUUCUGCAAGAUAGAGAAGUGGAAGGCCUUCAAUUCCUGAAAGAUGAUCAAUGGUACAGAGCUCCCAUAAUUCCUGAUGCUAUUGUCUUCAAUGUUGGUGAUCAACUUGAGAUAAUGACCAAUGGCAUAUACAAGAGCCCAAUCCACAGGGUUGUGACAAACAAAGAGAGAGAAAGGAUCACUGCUGCUUUUUUCUUUGCUCCUGAUCCAACAAGUGUGGUUGAACCGGCAGAAGGGCUGAUUGAUGAGAACAGGCCAAGGCGUUACAAGAAAAUUGUUGAUUACACUGCUAAUUAUUUUGAGUUCUUCCAGAAGGGCAUGAGGCCAAUUGAUGAUUUGAAAAUUUGA